UAUUUAUUUAAUGGUUUCGUGCUGGAUUGAUUAAGUCACGAUGGCUAACGCAGAACAUGCGGAGAUGAAGUCUUCACUAUGCGAAGAAACGGAGUCAUCCCAGUCUCAGACAGAAUUAGAUACGAACACACAGACUCUUGAAGAAGCCAAUGCAAUGGCGCCCUCGUUCGGCGAUGAGAGGUGUUUCUCAGUUGAAGGUGCAGAAGGCACAGAAACUCAGGAUAAGAGAAUUAUGGAUGAAAAAAUCUCUCCCAUUGAAAGGCAACUUGAGUACUUGCUGAACAAGGCGGAUGAGUUUCAAACACAGCUUUUAUGGAGUCGAGAGUGCCUCCAGAAUUAUGGGUUCGCCCAUGUUGUCCCCAUGUUUUUGCAAACUUGUCAGCCGUACUUCACUUACCUGGAGUCCACUGCCAGAAACUCCAACCCCUUCCGUCCACCUCUGUCCACAUAUAUACGCACACAACUUUUGCAGUUUUCUCAGCAACUGUGUUCUCGUCUGGAACAGCUGGUGUUGCUGUACGCCUCCUUCAGUUUCUUCACACUUGAGGAAACUGAUCCACUGAGUGUCAAAUAG